GAAAGUUGGACGCGAUCGGUCACGCAGUAUUAAAGAAGCAUGCGAACCGAAUGUGUUGUUGUCGGGAUAGUGUAUAUGUACAUGGCAUACGCACCACAGGCACAAAGUGUGAUCACUUUUCAUUGCAACUCUCGUUCAACUGGGAAAUAUGACGAACCAACCAUUUUUGAUAGUGUUUUUAUAACGCCAGAAACCGUAUACUCAUUCGAAUGUCCUGCCGAUGGUGAUAAUGGACGAGUCCUAUCAUAUGAAGAUGAUAUUGAACAUGACAACAUAAAGUUUGUAAACUCAGUGAUGGCCGAAAUUCCAUCCCAAAUUUUUCUUUUCAGCCCACGAAACCUAUCCCUUGUUCAGUGCGGCAUUAAAAGAAUGAAUCGUAGUCUGGAAUAUGCGUAUGAGCUAAGUGAAUUAAAUCUGGCACAGAACAAUAUAACGGAACUUACAAACGAUGCCUUCGAUCAUCAUUACCGUCCGCUAUUAACGCUCAAUCUUACUGCAAACUCCAUCAGCGUCAUAGAGAGUUUCGCCUUUGUAUUUCUGCCUUCACUUACGGUGCUUCUAUUAGCGCAAAACAAAUUGCAAACGUUGCCUGGAUACGUAUUUACCCCCUUGACGGUGCUCAGUACCAUAAAUCUCGCCAGCAACGAACUGCGUGUACUGGAGGAGGGUCUGUUCUCAACAAAUGCACAUCUCACCACAAUCCAGCUUCAAAAUAAUCAAAUCAACACCGUCGACGAAAACGUAUUUUACAACGAAGCCGAAAAUCCUGCUGAUGCCCGAAAGUACCGUGCUGAAGAUUUGAAAU